AUGCUUUGCUGGCCGCUUUUCAGUCCAGGGCCUCGAGGGGCGAUCAUGGCAACUCUAAUUCCAGGUGCCAACAUAGUUCGUAUCAUUCUUACUGGAUCUGGCUUGUGGAAAGAUGAAGCCACUGCCAAGUCAAUGAGCAGAUUCGGUGACCACAGGGAGCUUCUCAAGGGACUGCUGUACUAUGUUACAACCAUCUCUUUCGCUUGUGCAAUCUGUUGGAGGAUUUCCCCUGUUGCCAUUGCAGCUAUCUGCAAUCUGUGUGCUGGAGAUGGGAUGGCGGACAUUGUGGGAAGAAGGUUUGGCAAGCAGAAACUACCUUACAACAGAAACAAGUCUGUAGCUGGGAGCAUUGCAAUGGCAUUAUCUGGUUUCGUAGCAUCUCUUGCGUAA